AUGUUUGCUCCCAGAGCGGAGCUACUUGCGAAAGAUUUUGGCAUCUCGAAUAGCGUGGUAGCGUCCUUGAUGGUGAGCAUAUACAUGCUUGGCUUGGUAUGCGGGCCACUCCUCGUUGCUCCCUUGUCAGAGUUGUACGGUCGGUUGAUACUGUACCAUGUCUGCAACUUUGUAUUCCUUGCUUUUACCCUUGGAUGCUCAGUCAGUACAGGCACCGGUAUGUUCCUCGCCUUCAGGUUCCUGGCUGGCUGCGCAGGUUCAGCUCCUCUUACCAUCGGAGGAGGGACAAUUGCCGAUGUCACAACCCCAUCUCAGCGAGGAGCUGCCAUGGGACUUUUCUCCCUCGGUCCCGUUUUUGGACCAUGCCUUGGACCCGUAGCAGGCGGUUUUAUUGCUGAAUCUGUGGGAUGGCGCUGGACCUUCCGCGUGCUUGUAUUACUGGCAAAGCAUGGCACACUUUCCAUCGCAACAUUGAUCUUCAUGCGAGAGACGAAGGUCAACAUCGUGAGCAAAGUGAAGACAAUCUCCGUGAACCCCGGCGAGGCGACUCUUCCACCCGGUGGACACGACCGGCCGUCACAUAUCCGGUUCCUCUUCACAGCACUAUCUCGACCACUUCGACUGCUCUUGUUCGCGCCUGCGAUCCUGCUGCUGAAUGUCGCUGUCGCAUUUGCGUUCCGUCUGUCGUACCUGCUGCUCACCACUUUCCCUUCCGUGUUUCAGCAGCAGUAUGGGUUCUCAACCGGGAUCGCGGGUCUCAGCUAUCUCGGAAUGGGCGUUGCUAUGCUUAGUGCAGUCGUGAUCUUCAGCACAACGAGUGAUAAACUUCUGCAAUGGCACCAGAGGAAAGGAAUGGACGGACCAGAGAAUCAAUUAGCCCUGAUGGCGUUGUUCGCGCCUACAAUUCCCGUCGGCUUUUUCUGGUACGGGUGGGCGGCUGACCGGGGAACUCACUGGAUUGUCCCAAUCAUAGGGACCAGCUUCAUCGGCUUCGGCAGUAUGUUUGCGAUGAUGCCGGUUCAGCUUUACUUGAUUGACGCUCUCGGACACGAAGCUGCCGCUUCUCGAGUUGCUUCCAAUACAAUCCUGCGCUCGGUGGCAGCGGCUCUUCUCCCGCUUGUCGGACGGCCCUUGUAUAGUGCCCUUGGACUGGGUUGGGGAAACAGUCUCCUGGGUUUUCUGGCCCUCUUAUUUGUCCCUGUUCCGUGGUUGUUCUACAGAUACGGCUCGAAACUCCAGCAGCAGAGGACGGCCUAG